AAGGAGGCGGCAGUGAGCCAAACCGGAUCCUUCAUGAGGGAAGAGGCCAGGGACAGGCGCACAGCCCCGGCUCCUCUUCUCUUAACCUUAAACUCUACGUCGCAGACCCGGGAGCCCGAGCAGGGGGCUGAGUUUGUGUUCGUAGGAUGUCCCGUCAUGAAGGUGUGAGCUGUGAUGCGUGUUUGAAAGGAAACUUCAGAGGUCGUCGAUACAAAUGUUUAAUUUGCUACGACUACGAUUUGUGCGCGUCGUGCUACGAGAGCGGUGCCACCACGACCAGACACACCACAGAGCAUCCCAUGCAGUGCAUACUGACACGGGUCGACUUYGACCUGUACUAUGGUGGGGAAGCCUUCUCGGUGGAACAGCCCCAGGCCUUCACUUGUCCCUACUGUGGCAGGAUGGGCUACACGGAGAUCUCUCUGCAGGAGCACGUGGCUGCGGAGCACACAGAGACCUCUACAGAAGUGAUCUGCCCGAUAUGUGCAGCGCUGCCAGGUGGCGACCCAAACCAUGUGACGGAUGACUUUGCCGCUCAUCUCACACUUGAACACAGAGCUCCGAGAGACUUGGACGAGUCCAGCGGGGUGCGACACGUACGGAGGAUGUUUCACCCCGGGCGUGGGUUGGGGGGCCCGCGGGCCCGCAGGUCUAACAUGCACUUCACCAGCAGCUCCACGGGGGGGCUCUCCACCAGUCAGAGCUCCUCGCAGAGCUCCAACUACAGCAGAGAGGCCAUGGACCCCAUCGCAGAGCUCCUGUCGCAGUUGUCCGGGGUGCGGCGUUCGGCGGGAGGCCAGCUGAGCUCGGGUCCUUCGGCCUCGCAGCUCCAGCAGCUCCAGAUGCAGCUGCAGUUGGAGCGCCAGCAGGCGCAGGCGGCGCGCCAGCAGCUGGAGACGGCCCGGAACGCCACGCGAGGCGGAGGCCGGGCCAACGCCAUCCUCAACACAAACUCGGCCUCUGCGAACCCGAACCCCAGCGCCAACCACACCAACAACCCCAGUCCCAACCCAGGCCCGGCUGAGUCCAGCACGCAGCACCCUGCACACAGCUCCCAGUUUCUACUCAGCAGGCUGAGCGAACCCCGGCUGUCGGAGGCGGAGCGUCAGGCGUGCGAGGCCCAGUGGGCCGACAGGAGCCUGUUUGUGACGGAGCUGCUGCUGUCCACGCUGCUGCCCGACGAGGACGCCUCAGCCUCCUCGUCCGAUGACGAGGACCACUGCCACGGCCCGUUGCGGAAUUUCGCCGACUUCGAGGCCAUGGGCUGCGUGGAAGUCAUGACCUUAGACGUGGCACUGGAGAACCUCAACCUCAAGGAGACGAGCCCCGCCCCCAAGACGACAAAACCCACACCUAAAACGGCGCCGACGAAGAAAGAACCCCCGGCCCCGCCCCUUUGAUGACAUGGCCGCUCCCUCCCCUGAAAACACCAUUGUGACUCGCUGACUGCUCAGUCAGUCCAACUGCCAAUGGAUGACAAGAGACUGCAGUUCUUUUUGGCUUUUUUUAUUUUUAUUUUAUUUUAAUUCAGUGAUUGUCAUUACAGCUGUGUCGCUCCCCACUCCACCCCAUGUUUUACGUUGUGUACGAUGAAUAAAAGUUGUGAGACGUGAGAAUGUGAAAGCAAGCACGCGUGGUGGGUGCGUGAGAGCAAAAAGGAAAAAUGACUUUAUAAAUAUAUUAUAGAAAAAAAUCUAUAUGGAAGUCGAUAAUCAACCCCCCACCCCUCCCCCAACAUAAACCUGUGUCCUAACGGACGAGUAGUGAAGCGUUUUAAGAGGCGAACUCUUCACACACUCAGCGAGGGAGAGGAGGGCCGACCCAAACCUUCACCGGUUUAUUACAAAAAMAGAAAAAGGAAAAAAAAAAGCGCUGCUGUGUAUUUAUAAAUUAAAGAAGUGCUUGGAUGGUUUACCACAACUUAAGCAUGAGCUUAAAUCACCACGUGCCCAUUUUUUUAACUGCACAGUCACUGGAUGGGGAGGUCCCUGAGGAACUGUGAUCUAAUGGUGCUGAGUGCCACAUAGCUGGCAUAUCCACCACACACACACACACACACACAUACACACAUGAACGAACGAACUGGUGGCAGUUUGGUCAACCUUUACGUCCAGUCUCCAUCUCCUUCCCUUUGUGACGUCACCUGUUUUUGGGUCAUGUGACCCGGGCUUUAUAUGGACUGUGGGCACUUUGGUUUUGAAUCGCAUAUCCUGUCUGUCUGUUUGUGUAACACUACAGCUGUCGAUCCACACUGCUGAGGUGAAACAGAUGAAGAGAUCUCUUCAGUCUCGACUGUUUUCAGGCCUUCCUGACAGAAACCUGCUCCUCCGGACGGUUUGUUUCCUCCCUUUUUUUAUUUGACAGAACAUCACGUGCUUCUAUCUCAAAAGAAAAAAAUCAUCAGAAAUUAAUCUCCCCGUUACUCACCAAAUACGAAGAUCAUUCAUGUGACUUGACUCUUAAUUUGCUCUCAGUUAAAAGAAGAGAAGCAGUCUUUGUAUGCCUCCAGUGCUAACUGAAGAAAUGCAAUGUAAUGUUAUUUUGGCUUGAGCCAAACGACAGGGUAAACCUUUCAGUUUGGAGAAUAAAAAUGAUUUUUUUUUUUGUUUUGUUUUUGGAUGGAAAUGAACUAACUCAA